GGGUGCCGAGAGCAUGUCGGCAGAGCGCCUCGGCGAGUUUGGUGUUCUUCGUGGCAGUUUUCGAGGCAGAGCUGUUGUUGUUGUAGUAGGUUGUGUUUAGGGUUCGAUGACCGAUGUCUAGAGGCGAAAAGUACCGUGCCAGCGAUAUAUUUCUUGUGCCGCGUCAAUUUGAGUUGGCUGGGUUUCUAUUAGGGUGUGUGAGAGUGAGUGGCGCGUUGUCGUGAAAUAGCCUUGUUUAGCUUUUGUGGACGUAGUAGGAGACUCUCGAAUCGAGUUUGAUCGAGCGAAUUGAACACGAUGGCGAGUGCGGAGCAGUUGGUUUUGGAGCUCAUCGUGCCGGAGCAGCGGGAAAAUGCGCUUCUUGACCUUUCCAAGAAAAGAGAAGCUUUUCCAGACUUAGCUCCAAUCCUUUGGCAUUCUUGCGGCACUAUUGCAGCUCUUCUACAGGAAAUCGUAUCUAUCUAUCCUAUGUUAUCUCCUCCCACACUAACUGCGGGAGCUUCGAAUCGAGUUUGCAACGCUCUGGCUUUGCUCCAGUGUGUUGCCUCUCAUCCGGACACUCGAGCUCUUUUCCUCAAUGCGCAUAUUCCUCUUUAUCUUUAUCCGUUUCUCAACACAGUGAGCAAAACGAGGCCGUUUGAAUAUCUUCGACUUACGAGCCUGGGAGUCAUUGGUGCCCUUGUCAAGGUGGAUGACACUGAAGUUAUUAAUUUCCUACUGUCAACCGAGAUUAUUCCUCUGUGCCUACGAACGAUGGAGAUGGGAAGUGAACUAUCCAAGACAGUGGCGACAUUCAUUGUUCAGAAAAUCCUUCUAGACGACGUGGGUCUCGCUUACAUAUGCGCCACUGCAGAACGGUUUUUCGCCGUCAGUGCAGUUCUUGCAAAUAUGGUCCAAAUGCUGGCCGAACAGCCUUCUGUUCGCCUCCUCAAACAUAUCAUUCGAUGCUAUCUUCGACUUUCUGAUAAUCUGAGAGCUUGUGAAGCCCUGAAGAAUUGUCUCCCUGAGCUGCUUCAAAACGGUACCUUCAACAACUGCCUACGGGAUGAUUUAACAACAAGGAGGUGGCUUGGUCAGCUUAUGGUAAAUGUGGGACAGCAGAUACAUCCACAGCGUAUGCCAUCAGGAAUGCAGGUUCCCCUGGAUCAGCUUCUGUCUGGUCAGUAAAGGGUGCCUUGUAUCAUAGAAGAAAUGGACAAUUCAAAUUCUGUAUUGCUAGAAGAUGGUAAAUAUUCACAUACAUUCCAAGUUGGGUUUCAUAUCCUCUUGCUCAUGGACCAAUGUGGUGCUUCUGAGUACCACGUCCAAACUUCUUUCUUUGUGAUUAUUUCUUUUGAGAGGAUGCAGUUUGAAAUGACCAGCUGGCAAGAUUGGAAACCACCUUUCCACAUUUGUCACAGGCCCAUUUGAGUGAAACAUUUUAGAGUCUUUCAGGAUCAUGUUGGAGAUGGGGGCUUUAAUUUGUUUGUUACAUACUGAGCGGACAAGACCGGUUCAUUGAACAUUGUCAUAGGAGGCAUUUUGUAUUAGUCACAUAGAUAUUGGCGAACAUCAUUGUUGUAGAAGAGUAGAUAGUGGGAUGCAGAUGAUCACUUGUAAAAGUAUUUGAUACUCAAUUCUAACUUGGAGUCAGAAAGUGAGGCCUUUCUCAUUCUUAUCGACUUUUUCCCUA